UCGAUACCGCGAGAAGGACAGAAAGAAACAACGGCAAAGAAACACGAAGGGCUUGUUGAAGUAAACUCUAAUUUUUUCGUGAACACGGACUGUUGACGAGGGAUAUUUUUUUUUUUUUUUGCCAUUACUCUCGGGAAUCGUAUUUUAGCCAGCUAAGUACACUUUGCGCGCGCGUGUGCGGAUAUUUUUUCUUCCCAGGUCAUUUUAAUGUAUUUAGAGUUUUCCCGUCCUGCGCGUCGUCCUACUAUGGUCAUAAUGGAGGUCCCGAACAUCGACUGCGGCUCUCUCCGGGCGCUUUUGAAGGGAACUGAGUCCGGUUGUCUUGUUUUAGACUGCCGCUCGUUCUUCUCCUUCAGCUCCUCUCAUAUAUCCGGUUCGACCAACGUCCGCUUCAGCGCCAUAGUUCGCCGGAGAGCGCGCGGCGGACUCGGGCUAGAACACAUUGUUCCCAAUGAGGACACGCGGAGCAGGCUGCUCUCCGGAGAGUACCGGACUGUGGUGCUGCUCGAUGACCGGAGCUUAGACUUCAGCCAGGUGAAGAAAGACGGAACUCUGAUGCUGGCCGUGACCGCUUUGAGUCGUAACAACCCCCGCGGCGCGAGCGUCUUCUUCCUGAAAGGUGGCUUCGAUACCUUUUCGUCCGAGUUCCCUGAAAUGUGCACCAAAGCGCCUCCGCCACAGGGCCUGAGUUUGCCUCUGAGUGCCAACUGUCCUCCCGGGAGCGCCGAAUCAGGCUGUAACAGCUGCACUACUCCUCUCUAUGAUCAGGGUGGCCCGGUGGAAAUCCUCCCUUUUCUGUAUCUCGGAAGUGCCUACCAUGCUUCCCGUAAAGACAUGCUGGAUAUGUUGGGCAUCACGGCACUCAUCAAUGUAUCUGCUAACUGUCCCAAUCAUUUCGAGGACCAUUAUCAAUACAAGAGCAUUCCGGUCGAAGACAACCACAAAGCAGACAUCAGUUCCUGGUUCAACGAGGCGAUUGAAUUUAUCGACUCUGUGAGAAACAAAGGUGGCCGCGUAUUCGUGCACUGCCAGGCGGGCAUCUCGCGAUCGGCGACCAUCUGUCUGGCCUACCUCAUGCGUACCAACCGCGUCAAGUUGGACGAGGCGUUCGAGUUCGUCAAGCAGCGGCGCAGUAUCAUCUCACCCAACUUCAGCUUUAUGGGCCAGCUGCUGCAGUUCGAGUCACAGGUGCUCGCCACAUCUACCUGCUCCUCGGAAGCAAGCAGCCCAGCACUCAGCAAGAGCAGCACUGUUUUCAACUUUCCUGUCCAUGCUGGUGCCAGUCCACUGUCCUUCCUGUCCCAUCAUAGUCCCAUCACCCCUUCACCAACCUGCUGAAAGGACUUAAUUCAAGACUGUUUAUGGAGGGUUUCAGACACCUGGGUCAUUUUGAAAUGUCUAGUAAUAUAGGACAUCAAAAUGACUCCACUUGUCUGAAAGAUUGUAACACAAAUAUAAGAUUCAAAACCCCAGGCUGGCCUUAGGUCUUGUUGCUUCACAUGAAAAGUGUGCAAAAUUUCCAUGCAAUUCUGGAAUAGGAGUAGGUGGCUGGUCCAGCCUUGUUCCUUCAGGCUGCCUUUGUUUUGAAAACACUCCUGUUGACUGAACUGAAGGGGCUGGACAUUCAUCAGAGCGUGAAUGUGUGAUGUUUGUUGGAGCUAACGUGAGGCUCCUGAAUGUCUGUCUGCUGCAGUCACCGCAAUUUGAGUCUUGCAACUGAUAAUCAUUGACCUUCAGUUUUAUGUAUCGGCACAAGAUGAAACACCAAGUGUUAUAGUUUUCUCAGGAAGAAUAACCGUUAUUUCUUGACUCCUUUUAUCUUUGUUAAUCAUACACACAUAGUCUGAGGUGACUGCCAGAAUCUAAGGUGCUAACCUGACUGAAUGUUCCCCUCUUUGUUUUGUUUUUGGUAUUUUUUUUCCUUCUUUCCUGAACAAUGAAUGUAUUUAUAAUCUCUGGCAAGCCUCGCGCUGCCUUACGACAAUGAAAAUGCAACAUGUGGCUCAUUCAAGAGCCUCUGUGCCUUUCAGACCUUCAUCCAGCCUACCAGGAUGUUUGUUUCUUUGUAAACAAACACAAAAUACCUCAUGUGUGUGUGUUUGUGUGUGUGUGUGUAAUGUUGGCAGCCCUGUAAGAGCCACAGCCAGUACCAAUAGAAGUGACUUUCAUGAGACUGUGUUGAUAUGUCAUAUUUAUUUACUAAAUUAAUAUAUUUCAUAUGGUAUUUUUUACAUCACUGUGAUAUGUUUAGAUACUGAUGAAUAAAAUGUUUUGUUAUAAAUGUGAA